AUGAGAAAGCCAGCUUCAGCUACAGCAGCAAAGAGUACCACCCCAUGCUGCAUCAAGGUAGGGUUAAAGAGAGGACCGUGGACACCAGAAGAAGAUGAACUCCUUGUUAACUAUAUCAAGAAAGAAGGUGAAGGUCGGUGGCGAACUUUACCCAAGAAAGCCGGUCUCCUCCGCUGUGGCAAGAGCUGCCGUCUCCGCUGGAUGAACUACCUCCGCCCUUCUGUUAAACGUGGCCAGAUCGCCGAUGAUGAAGAAGAUCUCAUUCUCCGCCUCCAUCGACUCCUAGGCAAUAGGUGGUCAUUGAUAGCUGGGAGAAUUCCAGGGCGUACAGAUAAUGAAAUAAAGAAUUACUGGAACACGCACCUGAGUAAGAAGCUGAUAAACCAAGGAAUUGAUCCAAGAACCCAUAAGCCUCUCAAUCCUCAAUCUUUUGAUCAAUCAAAACCUUCUUUGUCGAAGGCGAAUCUGCACCAAGCACGCCUAAAAGAACCUAUUAAGAAUAUUGUUUCUUCUGGUUUGGAAGAAGCUACUAGUGGCAGUACUCGCAUAAUCAACAGAGAGAAUGCGUAUUUUCAAAACAACAUUAAUUCCCACCUGGAUGAUCAGUAUCACGCCGACCAUUUUAUUGCAAGUCAUGGCUAUACAAGUUUGCUGAAUUAUGAUGGUACUUCUGGGAUGGAUUUGAGAGGCGAUCAAAGUCUUGGUAUUGGAGAAGCUGAUCAAGAUAUCAAUUCCGGCACCGACGAUGUGUUUUCGUUCCUCAAUUCGCUCAUAAAUGAGGAGGCUUUGCAACAACAUCAAAUCCUUAAUGUGCCUAAUGUGAAUUGUGCACCACCCAGUUCAGAUCCUUUUGUUUCAAUUGCUGCCACAACAUUUGGACUCGGAACUGGCUGGGAAUCUACUCUCAUGUCUUCUGCUUUUAACAAAAAUGAUUCCAAAUAGGGUUUAUCAUGACCAUGUUGAGUAGUCUAUCAUAGUCAUCUAUGCUUCUAUUAAGCUAUGAAAUUACAUUUGGUAAUCAGUUUACAAAAACAUAAAAAAAAAAUGCCAGGAUUUGGUUUGUUAAUUAUGUAUUAACUCUAUCUACUGUUAUUGUUCUACAUCAGCAUCCUGUUUAUCUUUUGCUGUUGUGUUGUAUUUGUAAGAACAUGAAUGAAUAAUUUGUUCUUGUACGUAUCCAAAAUCUUGGCCAAAUUAACAAUGUAUGAUAUUAUAGAUUUGUGUGCA